AUUUAACAACAACAAUAACAAACCUGUGAAAACAAGAAUCUCAAUUAUUUUAUAAUGAAAAAAGCCACUAACAACAAACCUAAAGCUAAUAUCGUCAAGGGCAAUUUAAAAAUAUCCAGUUUUUUCACUAAACAGAUCGAACCCAAGUCUGUGUGUGCUGUCGAUAGUGAUGAUGAGUUUGUGGUCAGUAAACCAUCCGUUAAGUUAAAAUCAAAUCAGACACCGACUAAAAUAAAUAACAAAUCCACGAACAAUGAAGGCCACACCACUAACAAUAAGAAUGGUAGACCAAUUUACAAUGACGUCCUAAAUGUAAUAACUAAUUUGCCUGAAAAAGACGUUAUAGCCGGUCCAGAUUCACCAAAUUCCAGAAAGAGAAAACUAACAAGUGGGAGUUCGAAAGAAGAAUUAGGCCCAGCCAAAAAGAAAGUGUUAACAAGUGAAUUAAGUAACGAUAUUAAACCUAGCACUUGUGAACAAAUGACCCCAACAAAACGAAUGUUAAGUGUCAAAACACCAGAAAAACUUCUAACGCCUUCGGCCCUAAGGGAGUAUCACACCCCUGAUAAAAACCCUUUCAAAAAGACCCCAGUAAAAUCACCAGCCGCCAAAAAAUUGGUGUUUAACCCAGACGACUACAUUGUCAAAAAAAAUAGCCCAACUCCAACUAAAAAGAGCAACGAGAAGACCCCACUAAAAGGUAAAAGGACUCCCAAAAAACUGUAUGAAACGUCGCCCAAAAACCUACAGGAUUUCAAUGUACAAGUCAUUGAGAACUUCGUCAAAAUAACCCCAAGCAAGUCGUCAACGAAACGACCUGAGGUGGAAGUCAUCUUCAAAAGCAGUGAGAAGAAGCAGUGCUCCAUUUUGAAUUACAUGUCACCCAGAGACUCCAAGAGCAUGUUAAUACAAAGUAACAAUGAGAAGACUCCAGUUAAACAGUCCCCUCAAAAGGCAAACUUGGAGGAGUCAGUGAAUAAGGCCAGGACUCGCCUGGACUUCAAAGCUUCACCUGCCAAAUUGGGCCAGUGUUCAAGAAUUGAAAAUGGUACUGAGGAAGACUUUUCUGAUGCCUUCGGUGAUGAUGAUGAUUCAAUGUGGGGCAACUUGGAUGAUAUUAAUUACUCACUAAACUUACAAGACUCACAGCACUGCAAAAUUGUAACUGUUGAAAGAUACCCUGUUAAGACUGUGAUAACUUUAAAGGCUACAAAUGGGGGGGAAAUGGGUAAAUGCACCCUACAAGGGUUCUGGAUGCACACACAGUUACAAGAAAAUGAUACUGUACAUAUAAUUGCUCAAAAGGUUGAGAAUGAAUGGAUUGUCAAUAAUGAUUUUGGUCUGUUGGUGUUUGAGCCUGAUGACUUGAUCUCAAGUACUUCUGUUGUCAAUACAAUAUUUUGUAAAAGGAAGAGCGUUUUAUCAGAAAGGUUCCAUAGUUUUGAGCCCACAAAUCACCACAUGAUAAUAGGAACAAUUGUCCAUGAUUUACUACAAACUGUCCUUGCAAAUAAAUGUAGAAGCCACGGGGAAGUCGAAAAAAUAGCCCACAAUCUAAUUAGGGAGGAAAAAACAAUAUCCCGACUGUACGAGUGUGACAUGUCCAUAGAACAAAUGGAAGUGGAGAUCCACAAGUUCGUCCCUCAAAUAAUCCAGUUCAUCGAGACUUACGUCAAAAGCAACUCGAUUACGUCCAAAGGCAAGAAGAAUUACAAAAAGGACGACUGGAAGGGCACAAUUACGUCUGUAGCUGACAUCGAGGAGAACGUGUGGUGUCCGGAGUUGGGAAUAAAGGGCAAGAUCGACGUCACCGUGGAGACAGACUCCACCCACAUGAUGCCUCUGGAAUUAAAGACGGGGAGGGCGACGGUUUCGUUGGAGCAUCGGGGACAGGUCAUUCUGUACAUCAUGAUGAUGAACAAGUUGGGGUACAACGUGCCGUCCGGUUUACUGUUGUAUUUGAGGGAAGGAGUCUUAAGGGAGAUCCCAAUGACCCACAAGGAAAAGAGGGACAUCAUAAUGAUGCGCAACGAUUUGACGUAUUACUUGAGGAAUCGUCCCAAGAUGGACAAGGACUCGGAGACCUCGCAGCUAACUGUUAAGCCCCCCGAAUUGCCUGAACCAAUUAACCACAGAGCCUGUGAUAAGUGCCCUUACAACAUUGUAUGUGCCUCAUACCUUAGAUAUAAUAAGGAGCCUUGCUCAAAUACAGCACUGAAGAAAAUCCAAGAGGAGAGCCUAGCACAUAUAUCUGACGCCCAUUUGGAUUAUAUCAUGCAUUGGCACUCAAUGUUGGCUAUUGAAAGUAAUUCCGAAAAGGGGAACAAAAAUAUCAAAGAGAUUUUUACAGUAAAACCUGAAAAACGGGAAUCAGACGGAAAGUGCAUCAUCAACUUAAGACUUGUGGAUGUGGGAGACCCAGUUAAUGGCUUGUACAUGCACACAUUUGAAAAGAACGACCCUAGUCAAAGUAUAAACUUCUUAGCUAGUGGUUUAUGUGAGAACAAAUACGUCGUGAUCAGCACCGAUACAAGACCGGCCGUUUCAGCUGGUCUGGUCACCUCCAUUGAUGCUACGUCUUUGGUGGUACAUCUAGACAGGGACUUGUCAAUUAAACACCCGAACAAAAUCUUCCACGUGGACACGUACGACUCGAACACCAUCCAAAGUUUCAACAUGACGAGCCUUUCGUUGCUCCUCGAGUUGACGCCCAGGGGCGAACAGUUGCGUCAGUGUAUAAUAGACAGAAAAGUGCCCACCUUUGAGAACAAACUCCCCCGUAUAAUCGCCACCAAAGGCACACCCAUCCUGAAACGUUUGAACAGGGUGCAACAACGGGCCGUCCUUAAAGCCAUCGCCGCCAAUGACUAUUUACUCAUUAACGGCAUGCCUGGCACAGGCAAAACCACCACUAUUGUGGCGUUGAUCCAAUUAUUGACGGAGCUGGGCAAGAGCGUGAUAAUAACCAGUCACACCCACUCGGCUGUGGACAACGUGUGCCUUAAGCUACUCACCUUCGGGGUGAAGUUCAUGCGGCUCGGCUCGGCGUCCCGAAUACACCCGAAGCUGAAGUCGUACUCCGAACACGCCCUCACCAAGCACUGUACAACUCCCGAGGAACUUAAGGCUGUGUACAACAACCAAUUGGUGCUGGCGGUGACGUGCCUCGGCUCCGGACACCCAGUGCUGUCCAAAAGGACGUUGGACGUGUGCAUAGUGGACGAAAGCACGCAGGUGCUGCAGUCGUCCGUUAUUAGGCCCAUUUAUGCCGCGAAGAAGUUCAUCCUCAUCGGUGAUCCGGAUCAGUUGCCUGCGGUUGUGAAGAACACGGAUGCCAUCAAACUGGGCAUGACUGAAAGCAUUUUCGACCGGCUUAACUGCGAGGCCGCCACCAUUGCUUUGAAUCUCAACUUCCGCAUGAAUAAAACCAUCACCGCUUUGGCUAAUGAUUUGACUUACAACGGGGAGUUGCUCAUUGGGAGCGACGAAGUGGCCGACGCCACUUUACAACUGCCACAAAAAAAUGCAAUUUUAGAUAUAUACAAGUCAGAGACUUGGAUUUUGGACGCCCUGGACGAUACCUUGGCAAAAGCGGUGCAGUUUCUGGACACGGGUGCCGUGUGGAAGCUCAAUCAUUCGGUACCCUGGUACAAACCCCCCCAAAACGGGGAUUAUGAUUGUGUGAACAUUUACGAGGCAGCCACUGUGGUUAAACUUGUGAAUGCAAUGCUGAAAGGUGGCGUGCCCAGUGGUCACAUCGGUGUAAUUGCCACAUACAGGGCGCAAGUGGCCCAAAUUUCGGCAUUGCUUGAGAUUACUAAGGUGGAUGUGAGCACAGUGGAUCAAUUUCAGGGCAAGGAUAAAAAAAUUAUCAUUUACUCUUGUACUAAAUCAAAGGACAAUACUAACACUAAAGGGAACAAGGAGUUUGAAAUUUUGGAGGACAAAAAACGUCUCAACGUGGCAAUAACCAGGGCGAAAAAUAAGUUGCUUUUCGUUGGAGAUUUAAAUACUUUACAGGAAUAUUCCACGUUUAAGAAGCUGUUACCGUCAUUGGCAAAUCAUAUUAUUAGAUUAAAUGAUUACAAAGAUUUUCAGUGGGACUCAAUUCUCAAUACUUAGGUAUAUUUUGUAUGCUAAGUUUAUUUUUUAAUAACUUUGUUAUGUCUAUUGUA